AUGUUUCAAAAGAAUCUUCAUACGUCCGGCUCGACUCCCGGAAUAACUCUAUCUGCUGGAGAUCACACAGUCAAGACGCCGACGCCAACUCCCGCACCAAUUCACAGUCGUGACUCUACCGCUACUCCUUCAAAGGUGGUGGUAAGCAAAGGGGUAUACACAACAGGUCACCCUCCGGGUGAAAAAGUACCGACCGGUGAAGAGUUUUAUGGUCAGACUCUAAAUUCCAACAUGUCAUUGACAUCACUCGGUCCAAGUGAGGUGGCGGUGUGCAAACAGCUGACACCUUCUGUUAUCACCGACGAAUCGGCGAAAUUCGACUCAAUGUCGAGCCACAACAAUCUAGUUAGUAGUAUAAGCCAAGGAACGCGUAUACGUUCGAAAUCUGGUCUGAGGACACCGCUCGAUACCCUGUCGACUUGGUCCCUCCCUCGUCUUCAGGACAAUGUAGCUGCAGGCCCUGUAAAAGAUACCAUCAACCAUGAAGAAUUAUUCAAGGAGGGGGCGGUGCCGUUGCUUUUCUCAGGACUUCACAAUUCCAGCAACCAAGUGCCGAGCACGCUCAGUUACCCUGGUGGCACUCCUCAAACGGCGUUCCGAACACCAGCCUCGUCACCUUCCACACAGGAUUAUCGAUACCCCGCCACCUUUGAAACAUCUAAUUCUUCAAAGGACUUAUCAUUUAAGUUUAUGAACAGUACUGUUAGCAAAAAUAGGAAUAUCUAUAGUGCUGACUUAGGGCCAGGUGGUGCAGUAGCACCAGGGGCGUUGUGCUCCAGCACUCUGCCACUGCUGCCUUCGGUCGACAAUAGCAUGAGGAGGGCUUCCCUCGGCGAGGAGUCGGGCACCUCCAGCUGCCACGCGCAGCGGGAGCUCGGGAUGCCUCGGAGUGGGCAUCUCGUCAGUCGAAACACAAUCGAGCGAGGUGAUGCACAGCCCUCGACAAAUAGGAGCAAACGCAAGGAUGAAAACCAUAUUCCCACGUCGCAAACUCCGACGCCGUCGGACACACGCGCGGGGGAUCACAAUAGCGAGCGCGGGGCCAAGGACGAUAUAAAAGACUUCUUUCACGAGUCAUGUGUGCCGCAGCUUUUCGAAAAAUUGAGCGCCGACCUCCUCGAGGAGCAACCCCAGAAUGCAGUCGCAUAUAUCCUGCGCUGGCUAAAAGAAAGGAGAUCCAGCAUAGCAUAG